AUGAGAGUUUUUUACUUAGUGCAAUUGUUUUUCUUGGCAUUCUAAUAUCAUCCCUCAAGCCUAUAAAUGCCAGUGAGAAAUGCUUUGGUUAUACAUUACCAAUAGGAAUGGCAGACGAGACAGGCUACUCAUAACCUUAUGCAAUGGACAUGGAUGCUAAUCAAAAUAUAGGAAAAAAUGGUUGAAAUAUUAUCCAGAUAAUUAUUGCAAGACUGUCAAUACAAUAUAGUUCGCUUAAGGUAAUGGGCAAGCUUAGAAAUUGGUAGCAGCGAUUCAAAGAGACCCGGAAUUUAGCUUCUUCUUGUGAUCAAUGCCAAUGAUGGGAAUUUAUUAAUGGCUUUUUAGGAAAACAGUGCACCCGAAUCUUAUUUAUACUAAUUGAAUUAAAUAAAUGGAGGCAUGCUUUCAGAAAAUAAUUAAUUUUACAUGGUGGCGUAUGCAGAUUCAAUUAAAACUUCUAUCUUCGGUGUACUAGAUUUAUCUCAAAAUAAGAGUGUUGUUUAAGCAGUCUGGUCUUAUAAAUAUGAAGGUAAUUCUGUAUAAGAGCAGUAUACUACCAUCUUUGUGAAUGAAUCAAGUUAAAAGCUUUAUGUUGGAUUUGUGCAAAAGUAUAAAUAAGAUACAUUUACAAACGUUGCAAAAAUUGGUGUGAUAAGAGUAAAUUCAUUAAAUGGACAAUAAGAUUGGUCAUUUGGCUAUCAAUACAAUAGAGUUACUACCUAAGAUUAGUAUAUAUAAAUAUAAGACAUUAAAGUCAAGACUAUAGACUCUAAGGAUUACAUUGGUGUGUGUUCAAACACCAUUCAUGGAAACUUUGAUAUUUGGGAAACAAGAGUUGUGUUUUCUUUGCUAAUUAUUGAUGAUACUGCAUAAACUAAGGAAAUGAAAUCUUUUGAAUACCCUGAAUAUCUAAGAGGAAGAGAUUUAAAGAUAGUUUCACCAACAGAGUUUUAUGUUGUUGUCAUUUCAUCACUUUCAUAUGAUACUGGGGAUCCUCUUUAUAUUUUUAGAGUCACUGACAUCAAUUCAAACGGUGCAACAAUCACCAAAACAAAGAUUAUUUUUAAGCAUACUUUCACCUUAACUGAUGCUUUAUUCCUUGAUAAUUACAAAGUAAUAUACUUAGCCUCAGCAUACAACUAUAAAUUAAUUUUGAGAACUAAACGUUACACUUAACUUCUCAAUUCAAAUGAUUACUAGAGAUCAUGUGCUGAAAAUAACACAGCAGAUGAAGUAACUACCGAAUUCAAGUAAUUCUCUACAUUAUAUUAGUAUACCAGUUUCACAAAUAACUUGACAGAAGGAAAUCUUAAAUUUAUCUCAAAUGGAACCCUUAAAAUGUUAGAUAUGAAUAUAGAGACUUACUACGUGCCAUAUGGCAAAUUUUGUGUUCCUAAAGUUAGUAUUAUUGCCACAGAGCCAACAGUAACACAUUAUAUCUAGUAGGGACCAUUUAAAUUAGAUUUAAACUAAUAUAUUUCAGGAGAUGAUAUAUGUUUAGACAAAAGAAGAAACUUUUCAAUACGAGGUUAUUUCGAACCUUACUCUAUAUUUAAUAAUACUUCAAUCGUAUUGUCUCCAAAUUGA